AUGUCGUCCUACGGAGGUCACUAUGGCCCUGAGUUCGCUUCCUAUAUCCAGGAGCAGAACAAAGCCAUCGAGUCUGGCUCCCUCGAGGGUCAAAAGAUUGACCUUGUCGCCCUCGGCAUCAACAACGGAUGGUUCGACACGAAGAUCCAGCAACAGUCCUACAUCGACUUCGCCUACAACAACAGCUACCGCUCCUUGAUCUCCAAGAAGGAGCGUGAUGGAUACCUCCAGAACCUCGAAUCAAUCUGUCUACCAGCUGUGGACAAGUGCACCGAGACCGGAACGAACGCUGCCUGUCGCGAGGCCUCUUCUACUUGCUACUCUACCGUCGAGGGCCCGAUCAUGCAAGCUGCCGACUUCGAUGUGUACGAUGUGCGCCGGCCGUCCGAUGACCCCGAGCCGCCAUCAACGUACAGCGACUACCUGGCCGAUGAGGGGGUCAAGAAGGCCAUCGGAGCCCGGUCUAAAUACAGCGAAUGUGCCAGCGCGGCGAGCACUAAAUUCUCAACCACCGGUGACAACCCUCGAUCAUUCUUGUCUGCUCUAUCCGAGGUCGUGCAGUCCGGCAUUUCCGUCCUUGUGUGGGCCGGUGACGCUGACUGGAUCUGUAACUGGGUUGGUAACUACGACGUGGCCAAUGCGGUCGAGUUUGACGGCCAGGAUGAAUUCAAGGGCAAAUCGUUAAAGCCGUACACCGUUAACGGUACCGAGAAGGGCACCUUCAAGACGGUCGACAACUUCUCGUUCCUGCGUGUCUACGAAGCUGGCCAUGAAGUCCCUUACUACCAACCGGAGGUCUCUUUCCAGGCAUUCCAGCAGACCCUGCAGAAGAAGCCUAUCUCUUCGACUUAG